UUAUGUUCAUUUACAUUUAUCUCUGUAUAUUUUAAGGUUGUCGUUCGUACGAUUUGCUCUUUCAAAAAAAAAACAAUUACUACAUUAUGAAAAACAUCGCUAUUCUUUUUAUGGCUGGUAUUAUUUUGGAAUCAUUUUCCGGUGGAAGUUAUUCGAACGCCCAAACAGUUAUGAAAUGUAAAAUCUGUGACCAGCCUGUCGUCGUCACAGAGCAAGGAACGCCAAUUCCUGAAAGCGAUCAUAGUUCGAUAAGCUUAAUGAAAAGAGGGUUUCCUGAUCGUGAUGGUCAUCUGACUCAUUUUGAAUAUAAAUGGAUAGGUAGACCUGAUAGCAAAGAAGUUUAUGAAAGUAUUACCCUUGUCAACUCUCGUAAUGAACAUUGUGGUCAUCACCCUGGUCAGCACUUUUCAUGGGAUAACAAUCGUGGAGUUUGGAAAAUUUUUAAGGAUUGUGCUGAGAUCCAGAGAGAAAACGAAAAUAAAAACGUUCAAUAAAUUUGUAAUUAUUAUCUAAGUAUGUAUACUUUACACAGUGUAUUUCCAUUAAACCACAAUAAAUGUAUACUGUCUUGCAAAUUUAAAA